AUUUUAACAGUGAGCUCUGUUUUAAUAGUUCUAUAUUGCUCUAUAAUUGAUGUAUUGAGCACUAUUUUAACAGUGAGCUCUGUUUUAAUAGUUCUAUAUUGCUCUACAAUUGAUGUAUUGAGCACUGUUUUAACACUGAGUUUUGUUUUAAUAUUUCUAUAUUGCUCUACAAUUGAUGUAUUGAGCACUUUUUUAACAGUGAGCUCUGUUUUAAUAGUUCUAUAUUGCUCUACAAUUGAUGUAUUGAGCACUGUUUUAACACUGAGUUUUGUUUUAAUAUUUCUAUAUUGCUCUACAAUUGAUGUAUUGAGCACUUUUUUAACAGUGAGCUCUGUUUUAAUAGUUCUAUAUUGCUCUAUAGUUGAUGUAUUGAGUACUAUUUUAACACUGAGUUUUGUUUUAAUAUUUCUAUAUUGCUCUAUAAUUGAUGUAUUGAGCACUAUUUUAACAGUGAGCUCUGUUUUAAUAGUUCUAUAUUGCUCUAUAGUUGAUGUAUUGAGCACUAUUGUAACAGUGAGCUCUGUUUUAAUAGUUCUAUAUUGCUCUACAAUUGAUGUAUUGAGCACUAUUUUAACACUGAGUUUUGUUUUAAUAUUUCUAUAUUGCUCUACAAUUGAUGUAUUGAGCACUAUUUUAACAGUGAGCUCUGUUUUAAUAGUUCUAUAUUGCUCUACAAUUGAUGUAUUGAGCACUAUUUUAACACUGAGUUUUGUUUUAAUAUUUCUUUAUUGCUCUACAAUUGAUGUAUUGAGCACUAUUUCAACAGUGAUCUCUGUUUUAAUAGUUCUAUAUUGCUCUACAAUUAAUGUAUUGAGCACUAUUUUAACACUGAGUUUUGUUUUAAUAGUUCUAUAUUGCUCUACAAUUGAUGUAUUGAGCACUAUUUUAACAGUGAGCUCUGUU